CGAUUCUGCUCUUCUUCUUCCCGCUGCAGCCACCCGAAGAAAAAAAAAAGGGGAACCAGCCAUGCUUUUAGAAACCGGUGAAGCUUGAUGGUUCUUGCCUUAUUUUCUUGUUCUAGAACCUGAUUUGGAACCCAGAAAUCUCCCCCCUGCAGGAAGCUUCCGGAUCUGCUCUGUCCUUCCUCCCCUGUCCGCCGGCUGCUCUUGCUUGUGGGGUGUGAUUUGCUCCGGUUUUGGGUAAGAAACAGCCCCUAAUUCCUUUGUUCUUGCUUGAAUUGGCUUGGGUUAACUUUGAGUGCUCUUAUUUCCUUCAAUUUUGGGUAGAUCCGUGAGCUUCCCCCUGUAGAUUCCGCCGGCCUUCCCCAAUCUGCACUCCGAUUUUGCUUGCUGGAUUUAUGGUUCUUGAUCGUUCUGUCAGUUUAGUACGUGAAUUGAGUGCUCGAUUUUAUGCGAGUGAGGUAAGUAAAUUUAUGGUAAUGCCCGUACUGUUUUAAAAGCAUGUUUUGAUUUGUUUUUGAAAUGGUGGUGGGACUAAACCCGUUUUACACGAGCAUGACUGAUUUGAAGUGAAAUGUUUUAUGCUUUUCAUUAAAUUGAGCAUGCCUACUUGAAAUUUGAUUGAUUGUCCUGAUGAUUUGAAAGUGAUUGGUAAAGUAUGUUUUUCUGUUAACUUCAGCUUGUUUUGUCUCCGAUAUGGUCAUGUUAUUUCUGUAAUCCCGCUAGUGGGGGUUAAACGCUAGCACAUGUUUCUGUAAUCCUACUAGUGGGGGUUAAACACUAGCACAUGUCGACAUGUUACUGAUAGAACCGGUUCGUUUCUGUAACCUUACUAGUGGGGGUUAAACACUAGUAAUUUCUGUGGCCCGCCAGUGGGAGGUUUAUAAACGCUGGCCGUGACUUAUGGAGGAGACGUCUAUUUCGUUCCCGUACCGUAUCUGUUUUCGUGAUUGUACUUGUUGGCAUGCUACAAGUUUAAUUAAGGGCACUCCAUAUUUACUUACUGAGUUUAUCUCAUAGUUUUUCCUUGUCCACCAUUUCAGGAUGUGAAAUCGAGGACGGGGAAACCACGGGAAGUGACGAGUUAGAAAGCUAGCCAUUACGAGAUUAAUAUAGAUUUUUAGAAAUAAAUCAUGAUCUUGUAAGCUAGAGUGUACUUGGAGAUUUAUGAUAUCGGAGAAAUUUUAAAGAUUUGAUCUUCAGUUUUGGUGGAACUUGAGGGAUGAGCAAUUCGUGUAAGCUUGGCACAAGGAAGAAAAUCUUAAGAUGAUAUAGCCAAAGUGUACAAAAUUUGACAAGCACUGAAGGUAAAUGUCAAAGUCAUAGAAGAGAUGGAAGGACAAAGAUAUGUGCAUAGCCUAGAUGUGCAGUCACCAAUCCCUUUCCAUU